CAGGAGGCGUGGCGAGGACGCGCACACUCCACGUGACCCUGUGUUGCUGUAGGCGGGACUUACGAAACUCGGCACACAAUUACAACAGCAGUGGAACGGGCUGGUGGUCUCUCUGUCGUCGCGCGCGCGGAACACCUCGAGUUGCGCUCGUUCCGCGUACAACACCUGCCGAUUGCUCGCUCGUGCACUCGUUACGUCCAUCCGUGACUUUUCAAUAGUGCCGUAAACGAUCGCCAGACUCGAGAAAAAAUAACGCACCAUGGACGGUAACAACACUCCGACCGAUACGAGCCGCGUCCACGCGAAACAACAAGGCUGAUCAUCCCCCAAAAAGCAUAAUCUCGUGGAAGGAACCCGUGGCGACAACAUCGAUCAUGUUGCUACCCCAAGACAUGAUGGCAGCCCAGUCGAAGAUGCUCUAUCAGAUGAACAAGUACUACGGCGAGAGAGUGCAAGCUCGCAUGGGCCAGGUACAGAAGACCAUCAGGGAAGUGUGCAAGGUGGUGCAGGACGUGCUGAAGGAGGUCGAGGUUCAAGAACCGCGCUUCAUCUCAUCCCUGACGGAGUGCAACGGCCGCUACGAGGGCCUCGAGGUGAUCUCGCCCGGCGAGUUCGAGGUGGUCCUCUACCUGAAUCAGAUGGGUGUGUUCAACUUCGUCGACGACGGCACCCUACCGGGCUGCGCCGUACUGAAACUCAGCGACGGACGGAAGAGGUCCAUGUCCCUUUGGGUGGAGUUCAUCACGGCGUCGGGCUACCUGUCCGCCAGAAAGAUACGCUCGAGGUUUCAGACCUUGGUGGCGCAGGCCUGCGACAAGUGCGCCUACAGGGACUCCGUGAAGAUGAUAGCGGACACGACAGAGGUCAAGUUACGGAUCAGAGAGAGAUACGUGGUGCAGAUCACCCCAGCGUUCAAGUGCUCGGGCGUUUGGCCGAGAUCUGCGGCGCACUGGCCGAUCCCUCACAUACCCUGGCCUUAUCCUAAUCUCGUGGCCGAGGUUAAGACCGAGGGAUUCGAUUUGUUGUCCAAGGAGAGCGUGGCCCUGCAGGGCAAACAGUCCGCCAUGGAGGGCGACGCCUGGGUUCUGUCGUUCACGGAAGCCGAGACUAGACUGCUCCACGGCGGCUGUCGCAGGAGAUGUCUGAGUAUACUGAAGACACUCAGGGACAGACAUCUGGAUCUUCCUGGGAACCCGGUGACCAGUUAUCAUAUGAAGACCCUGCUGCUAUACGAAUGCGAGAAACACCCCCUCGAAACCGAGUGGGACGAGGGAUGUCUCGCGGACCGUAUCAACGGUAUCUUCCUGCAGCUGAUAUCCUGCCUUCAGUGUCGAAGGUGUCCCCAUUACUUUUUGCCUAACUUGGAUCUGUUCAAGGGAAAGUCGCCCAGCGGGCUGGAAAACGCCGCGAAGCAAGUGUGGAGACUCACCAGGGAGCUCCUGACGAACAGUCGAGCUCUCGAGAAGCUUUAGCCGGAGACUGUUUAGACCGAGAGAGUUUCGCGCGUUCGGGAUGUUGCUUUCGCGGCGGUUUUAUCUGCUUUUGUAACCCUCGCCACAGGCGAGGACGGUCCGCUUCCAGUCGUUAUUUUCUACUUGCUUGAACGCGUCGGGUUAUGAGGAUGGUGGACCGCGCGCCUUGAUGCUUUACUGCCUACUGGGCUAUUUCUGGGUCGAAUGGGAUGCUCAUAAAAUUCUGUAGCUUUUGAAUAAAAUUCUAGGCUAGAAUUAACUUGUGCAGACUUGUGCAGGAACCAUGGGGUUUCUUUGCACAUAUGCUAAGGUAGCUAAUAUGGAUGGGUCUUGAUUUUGCAUUACUGUUUCCAGAGAUUGUUGGAAAAACAAAAGUAAUAAUAUUUCUCAGGUUUAAACGAAAAGUGAUUCUAUUUUAGAAUAUGCUUAGAAUCUUAUCGGUCUCCUCAGUUUGAAUAUUAAAGAUCCUAUGAAUAGACUCCUGGAAGGUAAAGCGUUAGCCAAGGGACCAUCUGGUGUCGUAUUUGGCGCGAAUCGAGAAAUUUGAUAGUUAUCAGCCUCUGUCAUGUUCACGUAAGUUCGCGAACUCGAUCGAUCGCUCUAACGUCCAAGUGAACACACGGAUCCAGCUGUAAGCUGGUUGCGUGGGUAAAUUCCUCGUUUGAAAUCACGAUUUUUAUAUCUACACUGGCUCUGUAUUUGAGAUGUUGAAUGGAAUGGUGUUCCUUCCAGAAGUGACCGGCGGUAGGCAGACAGUUAAGUGUUAAUCGUGUUGUUUUUCUUCUUGUUUGGCAAAAUUUGACAAUUUCUGACAUGUCCUAAACGAAAGUUUCUAAUAAAUGGGGGUUGUUAAAUUUUCAUCGAACAAAUCGAACGAGGGAUGUGUAAUUUCAAAAUUAUCGAUCACCAAAUGUUUACACAAUCGAAGCUUCAGCUUGAAAAACUGGAAUGUCAGCGUUUAACUAACGCAAAUGAUGCCACGCACUCGAGCGCGGGGUUUGUCCACAUAGCGUUACAAUAAUACGGGCGAUUAAUUAACUACUACGUUAGCUACUCUUACCUGUUUAAUAUGGCUGAUGUGAAUAUCGUCGUGUGAUCCGUUGUCGUUAUUAAUGUAAUGUUUAUAAUCGGUUAGCAGCGAGCUUCCGACGGUAGUUGGACACUACGCAUUGUUAUAUGUACAUACUUUUUUAUAUUAUUUAAACGAUAUUUAUUUUUACUCGAAUCGCUGUUCGAACACAUGACUGUAAAUAAUUAAUAAACGCAUUUCGUCUCGUAACUAACAUCUAAGACUCAAUUCAAAGAAACCCUAAAAAUUGUCUUACUAAACAGUUGAAAACUGCACAAUCUACCAUUCCUCAUAGUACUAUUUUUUUUCGACACCUCACCCUUGUAAUGAAUUUUGGAGUAAAGCGUAAAGAGAAGUACACAUUAUAGCAAAGUACAGAUGCACUCUGCCAUUAACUUAACCUUGCCUAGCACUCUAUUCCAUCGCUAUCGAACACCCAGUAGUCUUUAUCUCCACGAUCCCUCAUUAUGACAGCUAACGAAUCGACUAUAAUUUUUCAACGUCCCCUGCGAUCCGAGGCACGCCAAUGUAAAAGACGAGGAUAUAAAACCAACGAGCGCGUAAUUAUCUACGAUAUUAACACUUCUGUACGCGCUUGAGGAGAUUGAAACGCCUCGUCAAAGUAUCGCUACCGAGUUUCAUGGCCGCUACACGCCCACGACGGCCGGUCGUGCUCUUAUCUUAAUUCACUCCUGAAAUUUCUUCUCUUAUCUUUCACCGCGGCCACGACACGCUGCCACUCAGUUUCCACGGCGCGGGUACGCGAUCGUUACGGAAUUUACGUUAUUAUUAUUGCCCCGUAAAACAAAGUGAAAGGAGCAAGAGAGAGUUUCCGCGGCGAACGCGCCCCAAUGAACCACACUUUACGCGCCGUAUCUCGCAGUUCCCUCCGCGAUUUACAAGCCUUAAUGGUAGAGUUAUCGGUGUCGUCGUUAAACGUAGAUUUUAUACCGACUUUUUGCGCCUGUGACCAGGCCGGUUCUCAAUAAAACGGCUGUAAAUAAAGCCAGCCCGUGCCCCUUCCACGUACCUUCUGAUAAGUCAGGAUACUGCUCUCAGCCCGACCGCGGACGAAUUUCUUAUUUUAGCGACGAUGAGAAUACGGCCAGUGAAAUCUCACAACACAUUCUCGAUGUAGGAACUUUUUAACCAUUUCUGUUGUUUGAGCCAACAAAUGUACCACGUGCCACUUUUUAAUAUGUCAUAUAAUGUUUCACUGUAUUUAAAGAAAAAAAAUUAGAGAGUUUAUCCACACGUGUCGCAACUUUACAACUAACGAGAUUCGCUUAUUUAUAUUGGUGCUACAGUUACGCAAUAAUUGG